AUGUUUUCAAAUCCCGUCUAUAACUUUCCACCACAAUAUAAUGAAAAGGUAUUAACACAAAAUUUGGCCGGUCUAUCUUUGAAUCCUGCUCAAACGAAUCAAGAUCCACAACAACGACAAAAUGUUGAUUUUGGAACAUUUCAAUUUCCACAACCACAACAACAUAUGCCAAUUGAUAUUGGAGGAUAUAUUCCACCAACAGUUGAUGAAGGAAAUCUGAAAUGGUUAGCACCAGAUGAUGUUAAUGUUUCAUAUCAACGUGGAUCUACUGUUGUACGUCAAUAUAAUAAUUCAAUGAUUGAUGAUUAUUAUAAAAAAUUUACUCGUCCAAUUACGGAUUAUGUUCCUAUACCAACAAAUGGUCAACCGACUUAUGUUUAUCAAAAUCUCGAUGGAAAACAAGCAGCAGCUGGAACAGUACCGAUUCAACAACCUCUUAACUCAGGCGAACCAUCAAAUGAUGCAAAUUAUACUGUACCUGUUAAUGUUUCACAAUCAAAUACAGAUGGAACUGAAGAAAAAAAACAUAAGAAAAAACAUAAAAAACGUUCAUCAAAACAUGGUCAUGGCGAAAGUAGCAAACAUGGCGAUAGUGAAAGAGUAACAGAGGAACGACGAAGUGGAACAACACAUAAUGUUGAUUAUCAACAAACACCGUCUGCUGCCUCAACUGGUAAUGUUUAUCAUCAACAACAAGUGAUGGCAGCUACUCCUGACAAACAAAUAAUUGAUGGUAGUGCUCAAGUGGCUAUGAGAGAUGAUUCCAAUCCAGUUGUCUUUUUUGAUAUUGAAAUUGAUGGUGAUGCACGGGGUCGUCUUGUUAUGGAACUUUUUCGUCAUGUAUUACCACGUACAGCACAAAAUUUUCUUGCGUUAUGUUUAAAUGAACAUGGUUUUGGUUAUCGUCUAUCAUAUUUUCAUCGAAUUAUUCCAGGUUUUAUGGCUCAAGGUGGUGAUUUUGAAAAAUCGAAUGGUACAGGUGGUUAUUCAAUUUAUGGUGAAAAAUUUGAUGAUGAAGGUUUUCCAUAUUUACAUGAUCGUGUUGGUCUUUUAUCAAUGGCAAAUAGUGGUCCAAAUACAAAUGGAAGUCAAUUCUUUUUAACAUUUGUUCCAUGUCCACAUUUAGAUAGAAAACAUGUUGUAUUUGGACAAGUUUUACAAGGUUUUCAUAUAUUGAAAGAUCUUGAACUGAGUGGAUCAGAUAGUGGUGAUGUAUCACGAGAAGUUAAAAUAUCAAAUAGUGGUCAACUUCAAUAA